AUGGACCCCGCGGCGUGUCGAGUCAUCUACAUUGAUGACCGCUUCAAUACCGAGAGGUGGAUCUCGAGAGAUGGCCUUACCACUCCAGCGACCCCCCAAAAGGCUUCUCCCGAUCAUGAAUUCUCGAAACUCCCGCCUGACCUACAAGCUAAUGUAAAUGCCUUCUUGACUGUAUUCAACCAAGUAUUCGUGUGCCAUUCAGGCCGAUCAUUUUCAACCAAACUCUCGGAACUGCACGACCAGGUCAAAGCCGAGUGCACCCCCAUCAUCGCUUGCUUCGACGUAGGCACCGAAAACCGCCAAAAAUCCAGAUUUGAAUCCCAUGUCAAGCUCAAAACUCCACCAAGGUUGCCCGAAGCUGCCGCGGUCUCUCCUGACUCGCCCCCACCGUCGCCGACACUACUGCGGCGCGAAAUAACCUUCUCCUCCGAAUCGGACGAGUCAUACGGUCUUCAACUGCUAAGUCGGAUAGCAUCGGACUUGCAAGUUGAAGAGGGUGUCCAGCUAAUAAUACCGGUGGCGAUUGUACAACCUCGACGCAAAGACUCUUACGAUGUUGCGUUUCAGCAAAACCCUACCAGUAGUGUCUCCAGAGCGCCCUUCGGCAGCGAGACGGAGCCUGUACCACUAGAAGACGCUUCAGACUUUGUUGAGCCCGCGUUAAUGCUGCAAUGUUUGGAGGCGGGCGCAGUUGAUGUUGUGAAAAGUCCUCUCGAUAAGGCAGGCAUCAUGGGACUAACAGUCCACGCCUACCGAAUAUACAAGAAUGCGAAAAAGGAUGAGGCGAGCUUCAUGGCUUCUGCGCGGAAGCGGAAGCAGUCUUGGGUUGGUGUCGAGGAAGAGCAACCUUAUGCUUACCUGCGAGAAGCCAUGGUCAAAAAGUUAUUGAAGGGUAUAUGCGACCCACAACAUGUUAUUGAGGACUAUCAACACCGUGGUCUUGACGUGGAAAAGCAUCGACAAAACGCCAUUGCAGAGGCUAUUGGGCAAUGGGGCUUUGAUGGCCACAACUUCUCCGAGGAUGAGCUGGUCUAUGCGGGCUACUUCAUGCUUAAUCAUGCACUCCAACUACCGGAGCUUGACGAGUGGCGUCUGCCCAAAACCAAUCUGCUUCGCUUCAUGCAAGGUUGUCGCGUCGCAUACAACUCCUUUGUGCUGUAUCAUAAUUUCCGCCAUGCUGUCGAUGUUUUGCAGUCAGUUUUUCACUUCCUUGUUCAGAUUGGAACGCUCCCUCCGUAUCCCAACGGCGCCGACCAGCCACCGCAAGCUCAAAACAAGUCUCCGGUAGCCAAGCUCUUGGGCUCGUUCGAGGCAUUGACGCUGCUUAUCUCCGCAAUUGGCCACGAUGUUGGUCAUCCUGGCGUUAACAACAUGUUCUUGGUCAAGCUCAAUGCGCCGUUGGCCCAGCUGUACAACGAUCAGUCUGUUCUGGAGGCUUUCCACUGUGCUGCAUAUUCUCAAAUCUUACGGAGGCACUGGCCAGCAGCAUUUCAUGACAAGGCCAUCCGCAAACUCAUGAUCAGUACGAUUCUCGCAACGGACAUGGGUGUGCACUCAGACUAUAUGCAGCAGCUUGGCAAUCUGCAGGAGCGAAUACACGAAAGCAAGGCCACCGAUGGCUGGUCGCCAAAAGACGUCGAGUCUUUCCGAAUCCUCACCUGCGGUCUAUUGAUCAAGUGUGCCGAUAUCAGCAAUGUUGCGCGGCCAUGGUCUGUGGCCGAGAAAUGGACCUAUCUUCUACAGAAAGAGUUUGCUGCUCAAGGCGAGAUGGAAUCGGCCGUGGGCAUGGAGACGACGUUGUUCGGCGGUCCGCCAGAACUGGGCAAUAUGCUCAAGCUCGCCAACGGGCAGAUUGGCUUCAUGACGAUCUUCGCACAUCCACUUUUCGCUAACGUUGCCGACAUCAUACCUGCCAUGAGCUUCGCGGCCGAUGAGAUUUUGACUAACAAAGGUGUCUGGUUCACCCGUGCCGAAAAAGAAAAAAUGAAGGCAAUCAUCCGCAAAGGUACGGGAUUCGGAGAUGGAGGUCAAGUGAGUCCAAGAAGCCUGAGUCCUAGUGCAAGGAAACAUGCAGACCGGACAAGUUACUUUCCGUCGUCACCCUUGGCGAACAAGACCGAGUCACCACGUGGAUCUACCGGAAAAGGUGCUUCGGUUACUGGCGCAGAGCACGGCCAGACAACGCCUAAAGACGGUUCUCGUCGCUCUUCCCUACAAGCGGUGGCGGGCGUGGCGAUGCCUAUCGGCAACGAAGGCUCUCGGAGAUCUUCAGCCCAAUCAGCUCGCGGCCGGCCAUCUUCCCGAGACAAAGCGAUUAAUGGGGCUCACGAUGGUAACGGGAUUGCGUUCAACGCACCCGGGUUUUCAGGAAGCAGUGAAAAUGAAGACCCGAACCGUGCGCGCACAGGGCACGAUGGGACCACCUCUCCGGAAGAGCUCCACGAUACUCGAAGAGACCAGGCUGUGUCCAUGCGAGCUGGUAGUGCCGCUCUGCCAGUCACGGAGAGUCCGGAGCUGAACCAUGCGUCCCACGUUCCCUCGCCACCUCUGUCGUCUUUCUCAUUCGCCACCUCCAGACCUGAUGAGGAACCCGUGAGGCAUUUCGACCCGGAGAAGGAAUAUCAAACGCCAGAGGAGAUGUCGAAGAGCUUGCCAACUGACAAAGUUGCGAAGAGGCAGCAGAAGGAGGCAUUGCGAGAAGCACAGGAUCGCAUACCAGAGAGCGAGGCGAGCACGCCCAGUGGCCCUGUGCGAUCUACAAAUCAUGAUUCGAACGCCCUAACACCCAGCCACAGCACGGAGGCAACAAGUUACAUGUCGGAGAAGAGUGAAGACUCACCACCAACGAAACAAAAGAAGGACUUUGAGGCGAAGCGCGCUCGAGCCAUCUCUGCGCCACUCAAUAUGACGAGUCCAAAUUUGCGAAGCAGUUUCAGUGUCAGCAGCACGCAGAGUGGAAGUCUGGCUAGUGGAAAGAUGGAUUACCAGAACAUGAUCAAUGGAAGUGACGGGCCCGAAGGAGAAGGGCGAGAUCGAAAAUCUAGCACCCGCACAAUCGGCAGGAAAAGGUCGAGGAUCAAGAUGGGCCUCAUGUUUUGGAAAACGAAGGAAGAGAAAGAGCGCAGCCGGGAAGGCAGCGGUGAAGGUGCGGCGGACGAUGGUGACAGUGUCACUCGAGGUGGUGCGGUUAAGGGCUGCGAUGUGUGA